AUGACUCUAGACCUCGUGUCUAUCGCCAUGGAUGGGGAAGGGGAGGGUGAGGGGGACACCUCGGACGAGGAGGACCAACGAGACGAUUCGGGCGGCAAAGGCGAACACGAUUGGGAAGGGAAAGGGGAGUUGCCGGAGUUAGGAGCGAUGAGGGGUAGCAGCUUCCUGGAAAGUGCGUUUGUGAGCGGGCGGGCGAAGCAGCAGCUGAGUCUGUCGAGCAUUCUGGCGAGUGGGUUUGGGAGCACUGCGGGCGGCAGUGUGGGCGGCAGUGUGGAUGGUGCAGCGGUUGGAAACAGCUCUGCUGUUGCGAAGCUGACUCAGGAGCUUAAGGCUCGGAAUGCCAACGCUGAGGCUCGGGUUCGCGAGGCCGAAGCACAGAACAGGGAUCUGAAGGCAGACCUGAACAAGUAUGAGGCUCGGCAGCGGGAGCUGGAGGUUCGGCACGAGGCUGCGCAGGCUCGGAUGCAGCAGAUGAGAAAGCAGCUGGCGGAAACACAGGGGGAGCUUUUCCAGGCGCGGCUGGAAGCAGGGGGGAGGGGGAAAGGCGCGGAAGGGGGAGGCGGAGGGGAGAAGGGGGAAGGCGCAGGAGGAGGAGGAGGGGAAGGGGGAAAGCGGAAAAGCCCCUUAGGGGGAAUAGGGCGCGCGCAUGUGACAGGGGGAUAUGCUUCCGCCAUGGCUAAGCUUAUAGAGGAGAUGCAGGAGUGUGAGGCUCGGCACGCCGAGGCUGAGGCUCGGUACAAGGACGCGGAGGCUCGGAUCAAGGAGUCGGAGGCUCGGAAUAGGGUCGGGGAGGUUCGGCACAAGGCGGCAACGCAGUGGCUGGAGAUGACGGAGCAGCGGCUGGUGCUGACUCAGCGCCAGCUCAGCGAGGCCCGGAGUGAGCUGGCAGCAGGGAAGAAACAGCUGGAAGGGUUACAGAGAGAGCUGGCGCAGGUGCAGCAGGAGCAGCAGCGCGCGGAAGCAGCAGAGGCGAUGGGGGAGAUGAGCAGGCGAGUGGCGGAGAGGGUGGAGGAGGAGUCAAUGGGGGAGGCUGACUGCUGUGCGCGGGAAACCCCCUUCCCCAGUGACCUUAUCAACGCACCUGCCUUCUGCCUCAUUCCUCACCUUUCCCUCCCCACAGGCGCAGGUGCAGCAGGAGCAGCAGCGGUCGGAGGAGGCAGCAGAUGCGAUGGGGGAGAUGAGCAGGCGAGUGGCAAACCUGCCUCCCUCUCUCCCCCUACCUCCCCCUCCCUUCCUCCCCAUUCCCCUUUCCCCAUCCCGCCCCCCCCACAGGCGCAGAUGCAGCAGGAGCAGCAGCGCGCGGAGGAGGCAGCAGAGGCGAUGGGGGAGAUGAGUAGGCGAGUGGCGGAGAGGGUGGAGGAGGAGAGGGUUCUGAGGGCUGAGAUUGAAGCAGCUGCCGUGCGAAGGGUUGAGGAGCUAGAGAGGGAGGUGGAAGAGAGUGUGGAGAAGGAGAGGGUUCUGAGGGCGGAGAUUGAAGCAGCUGCUGUGAGAAGGGUGGAGGAGCUCGAGAAAGAGCUGGAAUUGUUAAAAGCUGAUUCGCUACAGCGUUUGAAGGCUUUGCAGUGUGAACUGGAAGGGAGGGCAGAGCAGCAGAGGGAGAGGGAGAGGGAAAGGGAAAGGGCGAGGGAGAAGGAGAGAGAGAUGGCUGAGGAGAGGGAGAGAGAGGGGAGGCAGAUGGAGGUGAAGUGGAGAGAGUCUGAGGAGGGAAGAUGUCGGGCAGAAGAAAGGUUGCAGCGGGCAGAGGAGGAAAGGGCAGCGGCAGAAGAUGCAAAGAAGCGGGCACAGGAGGAAAAAACAGCAGCAGAAGAGGCGAAAAAGCGGGCCGAGAGGGCGAAGAGGCGAGUAGAGUCAGAGCGAAAGGAAGCAGUGGAAGAGAGGGAUAGGAUCAGAGAGGAUAAGGAGAGAGCUAUAGAGGAGAGAGAUCGAGCAGUGAAGGAGAGAGACAGAGCUGUAAAGGAAAGGGAGGAGGCCAUAGGGCGAGAGAAGAGGGCUGAAGAAGGAAAGGAGGCGGCAGAGAGGAGGGUGACGGAGGGUGAUGAACGGUUGAGACAGGUGGAGGGUAGAGUGAGGGAAUUGCAAGUGAGGGAGAAGGAAUUGGAGGAGGAGGGGAGGAGGUGGAGGGAGGUGGUUGGUGAGGUGGAGAGGGAGAGGGAUGGAGUGGUGAGUGAGAAAAGGAGGUUGGAGGAGAGAGUGAGGGGGCUUGAGAGAGAGAAAGGGAAGACGGAAAGGUGGAUAGAGGAGGUUCGGAGAGAGAGGGAGGAGAUAGGAAGGAGGGUAGAUGAGAUGAUGAAGAGUAAGAGGGAACUAGAGAGGAGGUUGGAUGAGGUAGUGAGGGAGAGAGGGGAGGGAGAGAGGGAGAGGGAUAGUGUGAUGGAAGGGAAAUGGGCGGUUGAACAGAGACUGGCAAUUGUGACUGCAGAGAGGGAAGAGGUUGAGAGGAAGUGUGCUUGUAUCGAAAGGGAGAAGCGUGAGAUUGAGGAAGCCAAGGGUGUGAUUGAAACGAGGGCUGCUGGGGCUGAGACGGAGGUGCGUUUGUUGCAGUCACAGAAGGGAGAGAUGGAACGGCAGGUGCUUCUGUUACAGUCACAAACAAGUGAGAUGCAGAAGAAAGUACUUUCGUUAGAGUCACAAAAGAGUGAGUUGGAGGAGAGGGUGGGCGAGAAGGAGAGGCGAGUGAAGGACCUGGAGGGGACCCUGCAGCAGAGGGCUCAGGAGAUUUCAACAAAAGCCCAGGAGAUUCUGCAGAAGGCUCAGGUGGUUUCUCAGGUGCAGCAGGAGAUAGGGAAGCUGAAGAAAGGGAUGAGGGAGAAGGAGAGAGAGUUGGGAAGGAUGGAGAGAGAAGGGAAGGAGAGAGAGAGGAGGGUGGUUGAGAUGGAAAAGCAAUUGGGAGAGAAGGAAAAGGAGAUAGGGGAGAUGAGGGAGAGGAUGGAAGGGAGGGGGAAAGAGAUUGCUGUUUUGGAAGGGAAACUGAAGGAGAAAGAGGAGGCGAUUGAAGGGUUUGCAGCGCGGUUGAGAGGGAAGGAAGAGGAGAUUAGUGAGUUGAAGAGCAGAGAGGAAGGGAGGGAGAGGGUGGUUGAAGGCCUUGAGGCCGAUGUGAGGAGCAAGGGAGAGGAGAUUAGAGAGUUGAAGGGAGGAUUGGAAGGGAGGGAGAGGAAGGUGGGGGAGAUGAAAGCAGUGGCGGCAGAGAGGGAAAGAGCAGUGGAGAAUUUGAAAGAGCAGGUGCGGAAGGGGGGGAGGGAGGCGGAUGGUUUAAAGGCGGAGGUAAGGGAACGGGAGAGGGAUAUUGCCGGCUUGCAAAUAGCUUUGAGUGAAGCGCAGGUGGCUUAUACCGAGUCGCAGGAUGCUUUAGAGAGGACAAGGGAGUCUCUGAGUGUGUCUGAGCAGGCGCUAAGUGACGCCAGGUUGGAAUCCGCCGCCCUGAAGGAGCACCUGGCGGACCUGGAAAAACACCUGGCGGCAACAGAGAGGCAGGUGGGCGCGAAAGACGAGCACCUGAGCGGGAUUGCGAGGCACCUGGCGGCCACAACAGAGGACCUGGCUGCUGUUCAGGCAGACCGGGCAGCAGCGCAUGAGGAGGCGGAGAGGCUGAGGGGAGAGGUGGAGCGGUUAGGAGGAGAGGUGGAAUGGCUGGGGGGAGAGGGAGAGCGGUUGAGGGAAGAGGGUGAGGGACUGAGGAAAGAGUUGAGGAAUGUUCAAGGGCAGCUUGAGGAAUCACAAGGAGAGGUGGAGCGUAGGAGAGGCGAGGGAGAGAGGUUGAGAGAAGAGAGGGAUGAAGCUAGAAAGAAGGUAGGGGUUGUGCAAGGGGAGGUUGCAGCAGCACAGGAGGAGGUGGAGAGGUUACGAGGAGAGGUGGAGCGGUUGAGAGGAGAGGGGGAGGAGCUGAGAGGGAGGCUGGGUAGUGUUGUGGAAGAGAAGGAGACUAUAACGAGGGAAGCUGGUGUGCUUAGAGAGGGGAAGGUGGCUGUAGAGAGGGAAAGGGAGGAGCUGAGAGGGGAGGUGGGGGCAGUAAGGGAGAUGCUUGCAGCAGCAGAAGCAGAGAAGAGGGGUUUGGAAGGGAGGCUGAGAAGGGCUGAGGAGGAGAGAGAGGAGGCGAGGAUGGGGAUGGGUGUGGUGAGUGAAGAGGUGGAGAGGCAGUGUGGGUUGAUAGCAGCAGGGGAAGAGGAGAGAAAGAGAAUGAAAGAGGAGUUGGGAAGGGUGGAGGGAGAGAGGAAGAGGCUUGACGAAGAGGUGGGGGUGUUGAGAAGAGAGGAGGAGAAGCUUCAGGGGGAGGUUGCAAGGGUCUUAGAGGAGAAGGAGCAAGCGUUGGGAAAAGUGGAGAGGGUUUCUGGUGAGUUGGAGCGAGAGAGGUGUGAGAUGGAACGAGUUUCAAAGGAGUUGAAGCGAGUAUCAAAGGAGUUGCAAAAAGAGAGGAGCGAGGUGGGGAGAGUAUCGAGUGAUUUGCAGCAAGCUACGGUUGAGUUGGAGGGGUUGAGAGCGGCACUGGGUGGUGCGGAGGAGAGAGUGAGGAAUGGGGAGGAGAGAGGGAGCGAGUUGGAGGAACGGUUGAAUCAGGUCGAGUCCGAUGCAGAGCAGUUGAGAGAGCGGGUGGAGGGGCAGGAAAGGGAGAAAGUGGAGCUUCUGCAGCUGCUGGGGGAAGUGAGGGAGGGAGAGAGAGAGCUAGAAAAGCAGGUUGCACAGGUGAGGGAGGAGUUAGAGAGAGUGAGGGAGGAGUGUGGGAGAAUAGAGGGGGAGAGGAAGAGAGAGGAGGAGCAGAGGGUGAGAGUGGAGAGAGAGAGGGAUGGAACGAAGAGGGAAGGAGAGGAGAAGGAGAAGGAGCUGAAGCAGGAAUUGGAAGAAAGGGAACGAGAUCUGGAGGUAUCAAGAAAAGAAGCAGAGGUGUUGCGAGGCGAAAUGAGAUGUGUUAGCGAGGAGUUGAGUGCGGUGAAAAGAGAGGUAGAGAAGAAGAGAAAAGAGUUGGAGAAGAAGAAAGGAGAGCUUGAGGGGGUGAGGGGUGAGCUGGAGGGCAGGAUCAGAGCUCUAGAGGCCACAAGAAGCCACCUGGAAACUGCAAGGAACGAUCUGGAAAAGAGCGAAAGGGAACUGGAGGGAACCAGAGAGGAGUUGGAGAGGGUAAGGGGGGAGUUGGAGCUUGCGGGAAGGUAUGGGAAGCAGCAAGAGGAGAGGGCUGCUGAGCUGGAGAGUCGAUUGAGUGCAGCAGAGAAGAACCUUAGAGAGAAAGAGAGUACUCUGAGAGAGAAGCAGGAGAUUAUUCAGGGGCUUCAGGAUUUGGUGGUGAGCUUGCAGACAGCUAAGGAGGCACUGCAAGAGGAGAUGGUGGGGCGAUUGGCGGAAGUAAAUGAGAAUUUAAGUGCGAAAGAGAAGGUUUUAUGUGAGAAGGGAGAGGAGAUUUUGGGGCUUAAAGACCUGGUUGUGGGUUUGGAAGGGAGUAAGAAGGGGUUGGAGGAGGAAAAAGAGGUUUUGGAAGGGCGGAUUGAGGGGUUGAGGGAGAGGAUUGGAGAGGCGGAGAGGCGGGUUGAUGAGGUGGAGAGGGAGAGGGAUGACGUGGCGGCAAAGGCGGCUGCCAGGGUGGCGGAGGCCGAGGGUGACGUGGCGGAGAAGCGCGCUGAGCUGGCGCUGGCGAAUCAGGAGCUGGCGGUGCGUGCGGGGCAGAUUGCUGAGCUGUCGUCGCAACUGGACGAGGCCAAGGCAACUGUGAAGCACCAUUCGGACCGCAUUCGGAUGCUGGACAUGGUGUGUGCGGUGAGGGAGGAGGAGAUGAAGAAGCUUGAGGAGCAGCAAGGGGCGGCAAGGCAAGAGGCAUUGGAGAGAGUAAUGGACCGCGACAAACAGAUCGCUGAUUUGAGAGCCAAGCUGCAAUCUGAGUCGUCCAAUGUCUUUGAGGCACGAAACAGGAUUCAAGCUUUGGAGCGAGCAAAGCAGCGCAUGCAAGCAUCACUGACCGAGGCGCAGCAGCAAAUUGGGGCAGCAAUAAGGGAGAGGGAUGAGGUGAAGGCGGAGAUUGCAAAGCUGAGAGUAAAGUGGGCUGUGCCGUCGCCUGCAGGGAACAACAUAAAGCCGUCGGCUAUCAGAGCAAAGCAGUUGCAGUGA